AUGUUUGUCACUGCCAUUAUCUCGAGUACAGUCCUCCUCACCUUGAGUCUCGCUCAGCCGGUCGACCAGAAUUACCUGAACUCGAUCACCCAUAAGCAAUUAGCGAAUCGUUACAAAGUGCCACAAUUUGAUAUCGGUAUGCCCCGGUACAACCUACGCUACGGUUAUUUGAUAUUCGGAUCACCGUAUCUCCGAUGCAAUAACGAAAAAGGACGUUACUCCAUCCAGAGAGGGAACAGCGGUGAUUACCCGCACUGUUUGUUCCCGAACGGUCUUGUCAACACUCCUCCGUUCACGAAGCACCCACAUCAUCUUUGGGGCGACGGGUGGGGUACCGACGCCGUGGAAAGAGAAAACCCAUUCAACAAAGCCGAGAACUACGUUAUGCAGACGGCAAAUCGCCACGCGUUCGGUUGA